AUGGCCUCCCUCACUACUGCCCCUUCACACCCAAAGCCGACCCUCCCGCGAUUUACUAUUCCAUGUGGUGAUCACGUUCACUCACGCGAGGCCUCACCUUCACCUUGCGUUACUCCAGACGGAUCUAUAUCCAGCAGCAGCCGACGCCCAUCAUUCGGCUCCAUCAAAGAGGACGUCGACGGCAUUGCGCAAUCAUUUGUAGACACUCACCACGUGCCCUCUCCAACGGAACCCAAAGAGCCUCCCAGCCCGGAACCCCAAAUGCAACAGGCCCCAGACUUUUGUUGCCCAUGCGGUGGUUUUCUGGGAUGGAAGCAGAUUCGUCUCAGUGGUAAAAGUCUGAGUCGCAGUUUUGGGGACCUUCGAGGGUUGGCAAGCCAGCAAGCUAAAGGCUGGGCAUGGGAGACGACCGGGUCAGGACGAGAGUUGGUUCCUCCCAAGGCCCCAGAGGUAGUGGAACAGCCACAGCCCCCUGCUGGAAUUCCUCCCGGCACAUCGGCCCUGGAGAAGCUCCCAUCUGAAGUUCUGGAUCAAGUUAUCUCCCACCUGGCUUUGGAUAUCCCGCCGAAUGGAUAUACUCCGCGCAAUGUUGAUCUGGUUUCGUGUCUUCUGAGCUCGCGCACCUUGCACGCGGCGACGUUGAGUGUGCUCUACAGGAACAUGACCUUCCCCCACUCGAUCAUCUUCUCCAAGGCCCUCACACAUAUCUCCUCCUACCCGGCUCUUGGCACGCUGGUGCGCCGUUUGGAUUUUUCUCACUUCACGUCAGUGGGCUUGGGUCGGACUAAGCAGAUGAACGCCGAGAUUCAGAACCUGACCGCGCGGACCCUGUUGCAGUGUCUAGAACUGUUGCCUAACCUGAGGGAGUGUCUGUUGCAAGAGCAUCUUGAGAGUGAUUUGAGCAUGGACGUGAUUCGUAAGAUGUUUAUGGGUCUGCCGAUCCUUCAAGCAGUGGAUCUCUGCGGCUGCUCCACCCAAUCCUUUUCCUCGGUCUUCCAAGAGGCUCUCACCGGUGGCCCGGCUUUACCCAUGAGCAUGCCCAACUUGAAGCGACUCUCCCUCCACGAAUGCAGCACCAUUACGGCGCCGAUGUUUGAUUUCCUGCUGCCGCGACUGAUCAAUCUGACCCACCUUGAUCUGACCCACACGCAAAUCAACGAUUCUGCUCUCUUCGCCAUUCCCGACACCGCUCGUAUCACCCACUUGAGUCUGUCUCGAUGCACUCGCCUGCACCCGCCAGCUCUGAUCGAGUUCUUGACUACUCACCCGGCGGUCUGUGAUUCUCUGGUGUACCUGAACCUGCUGACAGACGCCACUCGAUUCCGUCUUCUGGAAGAAGAUGAUGUCACGGCACUGCUGCCCAAGCUGCCUAACACUCUUCGCUCCUUGAACCUGGGUGGGGCCCGGAUCACUUCGGCCCAUGUACCGCUUUUGCUUCCUCUGACCAAGCACCUCGAGGAACUGGGCUUGAGCUCUGCGGAUCUUUCGGUACAGGAUGUGAACACAUUCUUCACCCGCACGAAGGAGGAUGUGCUCCCCAGCACUCUGUGUUACCUCGAUCUUGCCAAGGUGACACAGAUGACCAUUGGCUCCAUCUUCAACAUGAGCUCGUGCCUCCUUCUGUCAGAGCAGAGCUACCCGCUACAGGUAGUUGAAUUUAGCGACAAAAUCAUUACUCCACUGCGUGAGCGGAGCAAGACCCAACGUGUCUCCGUGGGCUGGACUGUGCGAGAGCUUGGUCGCCGCGGCUGGUACGUUCGGGACCCUGCUUCUAUGCCCAAUUGCCCAAUUGACGAUGGAUACCGCUCUUGGAAGCUUGGCGCCCGCUGGUGGGGUAUGCGCAAGAUUCCUAUGGCCGUCGGUGAUGUCGGUGGUAUCUACGGCCACUACAUGUUCAAGAAGUGA